AGCACUCCACCUGCUGAUUUGGCCACACCCCAAGUUUGUGUCGAUUUAGGGCUUACGGCUGCCGCUCCCGUCGUCUCUUUUCCACCUGCGAGUGCUGAAACCCCUCGAUUUCUAUGGAUCGUCAAGGAUCCGAAUUUGCGUGAUGCCAUUUCCACUCCAUUCCAUCAGCUCGAUUUGAGAUUUCUAAAGUUACCUCGGUGAUUGAUCUAGAGGGACAAGUGAACAAUGACGGAGCCCUCCAAAGUCAUUCACGUCCGUAAUGUUGGCCACGAGAUAUCUGAAAAUGAUCUUCUUCAGUUGGUGCAGCCUUUUGGGGUUGUCACCAAGCUUGUAAUGUUACGAGCCAAAAAUCAGGCACUUCUUCAGAUGCAUGAUGUAGCUUCUGCAAUGAAUGUUAUUCAGUACUACACGAAUGUCCAACCAAGCGUCAGGGGACGAAAUGUAUAUAUACAAUUUUCUUCACAUCAAGAACUUACAACAGCAGAUCAAAACUCUCAAGGACGCAAAGGCGAUCAGGAUUCACCCCCCAACCGAAUUCUCUUAGCUACAAUUCAUCACAUGCUUUAUCCCAUCACAGUAGAAGUGCUGCAUCAAGUUUUUUCUCCAUGUGGAUACGUGGAGAAAAUUGUGACGUUCCAGAAGUCAGCUGGUUUCCAGGCCCUUAUCCAGUUUGACGCACAACAGAGUGCAGUGCAAGCAAGAAGUUCUCUACAAGGACGCAAUAUAUAUGAUGGUUGCUGUCAGCUAGAUAUACAGUUUUCCAAUCUCAAUGAGUUGCAAGUAAAUUACAACAAUGACAGGUCCAGAGAUUUCACAAAUCCAUCUUUGCCCACUGAUCAGAGAGGUAGAUCUUCACAACAGCAUGGUUACGGUGAUGCUGGAAGUCUCUAUGCUCUUCAAUCAUCUGGCGGCAGAGCUGCAUUUGGUCAGAUGGGUAAUGCUGCAGCGAUUGCAGCUGCAUUUGGCGGAGGAUUGCCUGCUGGAGUUACUGGCACUAACGACAGAUCUACAAUCUUAGUAACUAAUUUAGAUCCUGAUAAAAUUGACGAAGAUAAGCUUUUCAAUUUGUUCUCGAUGUACGGCAAUAUCAUAAGAAUAAAACUACUACGCAACAAGCCCGACCAUGCUCUUGUUCAGAUGGAGGAUGGUUUCCAGGCUGAAUUAGCUGUACAUUUUUUGAAGGGAUCGUUAUUGUUCGGGAAGAGAUUGGAGUUGAACUUCUCCAAGUAUCCGAGCAUCACUCCCGCAUCUGACACCCAUGAAUACGCCAGUUCGAGCCUCAACCGCUUCAACAAUAAUGCUGUAAAAAACUACAAAUAUUGUUGUUCCCCGACGAAGAUGAUCCAUUUGUCAUCCCUUCCGCAAGACAUCACUGAGGAGGAGAUCCUCUCGCACCUGGAGGAACAUGGCACGGUGGUGAACACCAAACUUUUCGAGGUGAACGGGAAGAAGCAGGCGCUAGUUCUGUUUGAGGACGAGGCGCAGGCCACUGAGGCCCUCGUGUGUAAGCAUGCAAGCUCGAUCGCACGGUCGGUCAUCCGGAUUUCCUUCUCUCAACUCCAGAGUAUUUAGGGCGGCUUGGAUUUCCUUCUGGCAAGAGAGGGACAUGGGCAUUGCCUCUUCGUUUGAUUUUGGCUUCUUGCAGUUGAUUCAUGGCGGGUAAUUAACGCGGCACGAUCUGAAUCUGUUUCCUCAGUUGAAAUUAGGGUCUUGUAAUGUGAAAGAUCGAUGGAUGUAUCCCAAAGUUUUUUCUUUUCUUUUUUGUGAUUUCAGUGGCCAGAUUUUAUUGUUCUAUCUGAAAGGUUUGCUCUGAGGCAUGGAGCUGUGUGUCA